AUGUACUUUGGAGUUCACAUAUCUGAGGACCUAACAUGGUCCACCCACAUCACCACCCUGGUGAAGAAGGCAAGACAGCACCUGUACCACCUCAGACGGUUGAGGAAAUUCAACAUCUCCACAGUUCUGCAGAAGGCCUUCUACACCACAGCAAUAGAGUGUGUGCUCACCAGGAGCAUAACCACCUAUGUUCAGAUCAAAUUAGCUGGGAAUGGGUCCACUCGGUGCUCUGGAAGAGUUGAAGUCUAUUACAACAACACCUGGGGAACAGUCUGUGAUGAUGGCUGGGACUUACAUGAUGCUCAGGUGGUUUGCAGACAGCUGGGCUGUGGGACAUCACCUCGUGCCCAAUCAGCUCACUUUGGUGAAGGAAGAGGACAAAUCUGGCUUGAUGAGGUGAGCUGUUCAGGCAGUGAAAAGUCUCUAACUGAGUGUCAACACAGUGGAUUUGGGACACACAACUGUGGACACAAUAGGGAUGCUGGUGUCAUCUGUUCAGAUGGUCAGAUCAGAUUAGCUGGGAAUGGCUCCACUCAGUGCUCUGGAAGAGUUGAAAUCUAUCACAACAACACCUGGGGAACAGUCUGUGAUGAUAACUGGGACUUACAGGAUGCUGAAGUGGUUUGUAGACAGCUGGGCUGUGGGACAUCACUCAUCAACAAUGGAUCAGCUCACUUUGGUGAAGGAACAGGACAAAUCUGGCUUGAUGAUGUGAGCUGUUCAGGCAGUGAAAAGUCUCUAACUGAGUGUCGACACAGUGGAUUUGGGACACACAACUGUGAACAUGGAGAGGAUGCUGGUGUUGUUUGUUUAGAUGUCAGAUUAGCUGGAUCUGGGUCCACUCAGUGCUCUGGAAGAGUUGAAAUCUAUCACAACUCCACCUGGGGAACAGUCUGUGAUGAUGGCUGGGACUUACAGGAUGCUGAGGUGGUCUGCAGAGAGUUGUCCUGUGGGACAGCUGUUAGUGCCCCUCAAUCUGCUCUUUUUGGUCAAGGAACAGGACGAAUCUGGCUUGAUGAGGUGAGCUGUUCAGGCAGUGAAAAGUCUCUAACUGAGUGUAAACACAAAGGAUUUGGGACACACAACUGUGGACACAAAGAGGAUGCUGGUGUUGUCUGUUCAGAUUACCUCCCAAAGCCCAGCAUCUCCAUGAAUCCUGCUGGUGAGGUUAACUGGGGUCAGAGCAUCAGCAUCACUUGUUCAAUCUCAACUCAGCAUUUAGGUGGAACAUUCAUUCUGAUGAUGACCUCAGGCUCAUUCAGAGACACUCAAACAUCAAAUACCAACUCUACUACCUUCAACAUCCCUGACACGAACUUUGAUAAUGAGGGACCAUACAAGUGUCAGUAUGAGAAAAGCAUUUCAAUACGAAACUUCAGCUCCCCCCUGAGUGACUCUGUCAGAUUCUCUGUCAAUGUGCCACUGCAGCAGCCCAGCAUCUCCCUGACAUCUCCUAAUGGAGGACUGGUCUGGGGUCCUGAAGGUGCAGAGGUCACUAGGGGCUACAGCUUUGUCUUGACCUGCUCCAUUAACUCCAGCUAUCAUGAAGGCCGUUUCUUGCUCAUCUUCUCUGGCUCCAACAUCACCAACACCAAACCUGCAGUCAACCUCUCAGCCUCCUUUAACUUCCCUGUAGCUGAGUAUGAACAUGAGGGCAACUACAGCUGUGUGUAUGAAGUCACUCUGUCCAGACGGGACUUCAGGUCACCAGAGACAGCACCGAUUGUUGUUACCAUUAAAUUCCCUUUGUUGCUGCUGGUAUCCUCAGUAGCUGCUGGGAGUCUGCUGCUGUUCCUGCUGGUCUUGUUGGUGGUCUGUCUGGUCUGCAGGAAAAGACGAAGAGCCAAACAUCCCAUAACCAUUGCCAUGAGUCCAGUGGCUGUCAGUGUUGUGAACCAGUAUGACGAGGAUGAGGAGAUGGAGGGGGAAGACUAUGUCAAUAUGGAGUCAGUGUACACUGAGACAAAUCUCAACGAUGACGAAGAUGAGCAGGACGGACAGGAUUAUGAAAAUGUUGAGCCAGUGUACAAUGAGAAGAAACUCGAAGAUGAUGAAGAUGAGGAGGAUGGGGAAGACUAUGAAAACAUUGAGCCAGUAUACACAACGAAGAAAGCAGGGUUAGUGGAGGAAGAGGAUGGUUUCGAUUGUGAGACACCAGAGAGUGACGAAGAUCAUGAUUAUGAGGAGAUGGACAAUGAUGCAAUUUACAUAACUGUGGAGGCUGUUACUGUAGAGGACAACAGAGAGGAGGAAGAAGAAGAUGACAAUUUCAGUGAUGAUGAAAAUGACUAUGAAAAUGUAGACCAUGAAAACCAGUUAUUUUGUGAACAAAUUGUGGAUAUUUAUAUAUAG